AUUGAAACGCAAUUCAUGCCUGCUUAAGGUUGCUGGUAGUUCUUAGGUUUAUUUUUUUCCACUCCUUCCCAGUUCCCUAGGUUUCCCUUGUGCAGCCUGCUGUAAGCCUUUCUCCUCUGUUGUGCUUCAGCUUGCUCUCUCUGUCCGUUUUGUUCUCUGUUCUGUACUCAGUUUUACUUUGUAUUUCCUUCCUGAUAUUUUAAUAUAUUCAAUAGGGGCCUCAAACCCCUCCUGUUCCAUCCAAAAAAAAAACUAAAAAUAAAAUCCUGCUGGUCAUUCAUUUGUCGAUGUCGGAAGGACAAAACAAAUACUCCCUUCACCUUCAGUCAUAAAUAUUUGAAGCUCCAGACAAGGUUCAAACUACUGAAACUUUGAUCGGCAAUAACUUCUGAAAACAUAAAAUCAUGUGUGCAACAUCGUUCUAAUUUCAUCAAAUUCAUCGAUACAUUAUAAAUUCCAGGCGAAAAUAUUUGUCAAAAUCGUCUAUUGAAAUACCAUGGAAGAAUAAUGCGACCAGAGGGAGCAGAUGAUUCAGUUCUCUCUUAGGCCCUCCUUUGGAAUGCGGAAUUGUUUCCAUAUUUCCUGUUUUUUUCUGCAGAAAUAAACCGAUUCCUGUAAAAACUUUAUUUCAUGAUUUCUAUGAAAAUCUUUGCGUUCUAAAAGGGUCUUUAUUCUCAGAACGACUUGUCAUCAUCUCAAGAAUCCGAAUUCUGCUCUUAUGGCCUUGUGAAAGUAACUAGUACAGUACCAAAAAGAACAUGAAUAUUGAAUAGGUAACAGAGCAGCAAGUCACUAACCAGUAACCAUGAGGAGUCGCACUGCCAAUGGCAUUACUAGCAGUGGCACAAACGGAACACGACAGCUAAUGAUCAAUUCAUUCGGUUAGUUGUGUGUUUAUUCACUUCACUUACCUCUGGCAAAUGCAUUGGUGCAAUCACAUCUAUAUAAAUAUGCUCACAUGCUCUCUGGAUUCGACAGCAAUCGUGCAACACAGUGACAGACACAACACUCCGGUCGUGGCCGAGGCCAUCCAUGGCUGUGCGACGAGCUGCGCUGCACCUGCACGGGAUGCUUCUUCUGGCGGCAGCGGUGGCGGUGGCGGUUAGCGGGGCCGCGGCGGCGAAGGUCCCGGCGAUGUACGUCUUCGGCGACUCCACUGCCGACGUGGGGAACAACGACUACCUGCCGUGGAGCAUCGCCAGGGCUGACUUCCCUCACAACGGCGUCGACUUCCCCGGCGGCACGCCCACCGGCAGGUUCAGCAACGGCCUCAUCGGCGCGGACUUCCUGGCCAUUGCUAUGGGGUUCAGUGGGAGCCCACCACCUUACCUGUCUCUCAUGGCGGCCACUGCUGCCAACAGCAGCAGUGAGGUGACGAGGAACACGACGAUGGCAGCCUACAUGAGCGGAGCCAACUUCGCUUCUGCAGGCUCUGGUCUUCUUGAUUCCACAGUAAGUCUAUCUCUACAUUUGUUUUCACCUUGCAUCAUGUCUUUUGGUUUGGGACUUAAAAUCUUGCUUCAACAGAUACUAUAUUCUCAAGUAAAGAAUCAUGCUCCAGUUUCUGACUAGACAAACCUCUCAAUUAGAUUAGUUUCGCUGUCUAGGAAGCUUAUUAGGCAAUUUUAUUCUUGAAACAAAAGGCAUUUUAGCAAAUUUAGGCUUAUUAGGCUGCCUUUAUGGUACACUUGAAGUACUAUGUAUGUGUAAUGUGUGCCAUCAAUGCACACACUUCAGAUAAUUUUAAUUGUAUCCCGUACAUCAAGUGAUGAGUUACUACAUAAAGUUGAAAAACUGUCCACAAAAGUUCAACCAUUUAUAACAACUUUUGUACUCAGCUCAUAAAUUUAGUGAAGCACGCUGGGGCUUCUCAAGACUUUUCUCGUUUUCAAAUCAAAUUAGUAGUACAAUCAGCAUUACCAAGUAACAAUAUGAUUACUUUUUCAAAGAAAAGCACUAACACCAAAGUUCAAAUGGUCAUUGCGUCAGGGUUCUACAAUCAGCAUGACCCAGCAGAUAGGGUACUUCUCAGACCUUAAAGACCAGAUGUCAACCAGACUGAGUGCUGGCAGAGUGGCGGACUCGCUGUCGAAAUCUGUCUUCCUCAUAAGCGCCGGGUCGAAUGAUGCAUUUGAUUUCUUCUCACAGAACAGAUCACCAGACUCCACCGCGAUUCAGCAAUUCUCUGAAGCUAUGAUCUCCACGUAUGAUAGCCAUGUCAAAGUAAGAACUCUGCCUUAUAUUCUUCAACGCAGACAAAUCCAUAUGCUGUGGUGCUGCCUAGCAAGCAACUCAGCCAUUCAGAUAUUCUUUUCAACUCUGGCCGCUACUUAACUCUAAGCACAAAGGCUGAUAGCUGACAAACCAGUCGAUACUUUAUUCACUAUAACUAUAUAUUUUCUUUGUGCAGGCAUUAUACCAUUUGGAAGCGAGGAAAUUCGCUGUGAUCAAUGUGCCACUGAUUGGGUGUUGUCCAUACCUGAGAAGUCAGAACCCAACAGGAGAAUGUGUUGAGCAAUUGAAUAAGAUAGCCAAGAGUCUGAAUGAUGGAAUCAAGGAGCUGUUCAGCAAUCUCAGCUCAGAAAUGCAGGGCAUGAAGUACUCCAUUGGCAAUGCUUAUCAGCUUGUCUCUAGUCUGAUUCAAAACCCACAUGCCGCUGGUAAGUUGCAACAACUGAGCAGGAGCAUUCUAGUAGAUAUGAAACCAGCCGCCUCUUUAUCCGGUAUAUUUGCGACUUUGCUCACUUUCUGCCUGCAGGGUUGGAGGAAGUGAAGAGUGCAUGCUGCGGUGGUGGCAGGUUCAAUGCUGAGAUAGGGUGCACCCCCAUCUCCAGCUGCUGCAGUGAUCGCAGCAAAUAUCUCUUCUGGGACCUGC